AUGAGAAAUCGAUCAAGUAUAGUUAGAUUUGCACUUUGCGGUAGUCUUCUAUUUGGUUGUGGUAUUAUUAUUUUGAAUUUUAUCUCACAUACUCAACAACUAAAUGACGAUUUUUUAAUUAAAAAAGAGACUAAAUCUAUUGAAUCAAUUCCUACUGCUAAUACAUUUAUUGAACAUAAAAAUAAUCCGAAACCAAUUAUAACAAACACCGACUACGAUUAUAAAUCACCUAGUCAACCAGAAAAAUUAAAUAUGAAUCUUAGUGAAACAGAUAUUCCAAACGUACAGAUUAAAGUCUAUAAUAUUUCUAUAACUAAUAAUAAGAAUAAAAAUAUUCUUGUUCGUGAAGCUGGUCAAAGUAAUUAUCAUAUACUUUUAUUACAUGGCGAGGCAUUUACUUCGAAAAUUUGGUGGGAAAUUGGUGCAUUACAAUUUUUGAGUACGUGGGGUUAUCGAGCAGUUACUAUUGAUAUUCCAAAAAAAGGAAAUCAUUCAUUACCUGUAACUAAUGAUAAACAAGCUGUUCAAUGGUUAAGAAAACUUAUCCAAGCACUGGAACUUUCAAAUUUAGUUAUUGUUAGCGCAUCAGCGAGUGGUGAUUUAACUUUACCUUAUAUUUUUCAAUUAGAAAAAGAACAACAAUUAGUACGAGGCUUUGUACCUAUUGCACCAGUUAGUACAGAAAGACGUGCGUUGGAUUAUUUUCGACAAAUUAAUGUUCCAACAUUAGUUGUUCAUGCUGAAGAUGAUUCUCCAUUUCAACCUGCAUAUGAAAUUCUUAUUGAAAUUCCAAAUAGCGAAGUUUUAUUUAUGAUCGAUGCUGGUCAUGAUUCUUAUGUAGAUCAACCAUUGUUUUUUCUUAAUGGACUUCGACAAUUUCUUUAUAAAGUCUAUCGACCAAUUUACAAAAAUUCGAAAUGGUUUUAA